UAAGAACUUGCCUGUAAGGCCGUCAAAGCCACCUGUACCACAAGUCAUUCAUCAAACAGCCACAGAUACACAGGAUGUUGUCAUAGAUGCAGAGAGAGAUGACCAAACAGAAGAGAAGACAAUGGACCAACCUCCCCUUCCACCUCGAGAGGGUCAUCAAGAACAAGCCCAUCUUGCUCAAAUCUUUGUUGUCAAUCCCAAACUCUACUCAAAUGGGGAUAAGAGGAGCAAGAGAAAUGGAGCCCAUGUUCCUUUCAACUCUAAUGAAGUUGAAUUCAUUGUGGAAGACGAUUCAGUGGCAAUAUCCCCACAGCUUUGGUUUAACAUCCAGGAUCAUCCUUCUCAACUCAUACAACCAGAUGCUAUGGUUUCUGUAAAGCUUGCCACUGAUGAACUAGAAGAAUACUCAAGUAUUCUGACUACAUCACAGAGCAUCACAACCAGCUGCAAGCCGCCCAUUGCCACUGCUGUUCAUCUCUCCCUCAUCAAGUCACCACACUAUCCAAUGACCAGCCAGUUUGACGAUGCAAUCAAGAAGUACUUAACUGUCACUAGGCUUCUUUCCACAGGGGAUGUGAUAAGCCUGAGCACCAGAGAGUUUCCUGAAUUCACUCAGGAAGCUGGAGAAGGGGGAGGUCAGCGUCUGCCCAGCAUCUACUUCCUGGUCAACAAGAUUGUGUCGCCAGUGGAAGGAGCUUUAUCAUAUCUAGUCAACGUCCUGCAUACAACAGUCUAUCAGGAGGGGCCAAAGCCUAGCUAUAUUCCAGUGACAGCAGACGUCUACCUUAGCAACAAGUUAGAUCCCUUGUGGGCCUCUCCUGUCCCUGCAGGAAUCAGUAGAUAUCCAUUUCAACUGGAGCAACUCAUCCUUCCUUUCCUUUUGGGCAGAGCCCAGUGUGAAAGGCUCCCUGCUUCCAUUCUUCUGACUGGCCCUGCUGGGUGUGGCAAAGUGACCUCAGUCAAAGCCGUCUGCCGUCAGCUCAACCUGCACUGCAUAAAUGUGAACUGCUACGAUCUCCUUGCUGACACCUCUGCUGCUACGGAGGCUAAAAUCAGGAUUGCCUUUUUAAAAGCUGGUAUGAGUGUACCAUGCAUCAUUCUCCUGAGGAACAUAAAUGCUAUUGGCAGAGAUCGAGAAGGUUCAGGAAACGACAUGCGGGUAGCAGCAUACCUGAAAGAGACCAUCAACGGUCUCCAUUCAACAUACCCUGAUUGGCCAAUGGUAGUCAUGGCAACAGCGCCCUCAGCAAAGCGUGUGACAGCCGACAUUCAGAGCUGCUUCUUACACCAUUUAGAAAUGGAGGUUCCUAACGAGAAUGAUAGAUGUGAGAUAUUACAAGCCCUUUGUGAGAAGUUAUCCUUGGCAGCAGAUGUUGAGAUCCCUCAUAUUGCUAAGAGAACAGCUGGUAUGGUCCUGGGUGACCUUGCGGCUCUCCAUGCGCACACCAUCAGAGCAGCACUGUCCAGGAUCGUGGCAGCUUGCUCCGUGGGUAGCAAGUUGUCCAUCCAGGAGGAGAAGGACAUCUGUGGUGCCGGGGUACAGAUCCAUCAGAGUGACUUUGAGGUGGCCCUGAGCAAGCUCCAGUCUGCCCAUGCUGACAGUAUCGGAGCUCCUAAGAUUCCGAGUGUGAGUUGGGAUGAUGUGGGUGGUCUAUCGGAUGUGAAGGCCGAGAUCUUGGACACCAUACAGCUACCUCUUCAACACCCUGAAUUGUUUGCUGCAGGACUCAGAAGAUCAGGUGUCUUGCUGUAUGGGCCACCUGGAACAGGGAAGACGCUCCUAGCCAAAGCUGUUGCUACAGAAUGUUCUCUCAAUUUCCUAAGUGUGAAGGGGCCAGAGCUGAUCAAUAUGUAUGUUGGACAAAGUGAAGAGAAUGUGCGAGAAGUGUUCAUACGAGCGCGGAGUGCAUCACCCUGUGUCAUCUUCUUUGAUGAGUUGGACUCGCUAGCACCCAACAGGGGCCGGAGUGGAGACUCGGGAGGUGUCAUGGACAGGGUGGUUUCUCAACUGCUUGCCGAGUUGGAUGGACUCCACAAGUCAGCCGAUGUCUUUGUUAUUGGCGCCACCAACAGGCCAGACCUCCUCGAUCCAGCUCUUCUUAGACCAGGAAGGUUUGACAAGCUGCUGUACCUUGGUGUGAGCAAGGAUAGAUCAUCACAAUCAAGAAUACUUCAUGCCCUAACAAGAAAAUUCAACGUGAGUCCCUCCCUGGAUCUAGAGGUCAUUGCCCAGCAAUGCCCUUUGACCCUGACUGGAGCAGACUUCUACGCCCUGUGCUCUGAUGCCAUGCUCUGGGCAAUCAAGAGGAAAAUAGCAAGUCUGGAAGCAGGUGAAGCUGUGGACCAAACUACCAUAGUGGUAGAUGAGAAUGACUUCUUGGGAGCCCUUGAUAGAUUAGUUCCCUCCAUCUCUGAGCUCGAGCUCAAUCAUUACAAACAGAUUCAAAACAGAAUCAGCAGGGGCUUGUAAUAAGUAUCCAGGUCACCUAGUACUUCGGAACCACCAGGAGGGUGUUUCACAAAACUUGUCAUCAGUGACAAAUGACAGUUGUUGUUGUUGUAAGCUACUUUAAUCCUUGCUUCUGAUUGGUUAUCAGCAGAUUUGUCAUUGAAAAAAGACUUUGUGAAACAGGUCCCUGGUUUCUUAUGGGUUAACCAAGAGACCAUAAUGGUUGAUGAGAAAGAUUUCAUGGGAGUUACUGAACACUGUGCUUCCUCAAUCUCUAAGCUAGAGUUCAACCAGAAACGGAUUAAAAACAGAAUCAGCAGGGGCUUGUAAUAAGCCUUCUGGGUCACCUAGUGCUUCUGAACCACCAGGGAGAUGUUUCACAAAUACUAAUAUCGACUUUAAGUUGGACUUAACUAUGGCAGGCCAUUCAUGCCACUGGUUGCUCUCACCGUUGCACAGUGGGCCAGAAUCGCCUCAUAGUGUGCCAAAAUUCAAAAUCGGCGAAUGGAAUUUUUUUUUUUUUUUUUCAUUCGCUUGGGGAAGAAAACAUUCUAAAGAAUAUUUUUCCACCCAUAUUUUAAUAUUUAGCGAGUUUUAAAAGUGUCAUAUACCCCUGCGAACAUGGGAAAAUCUAUAUGUUGCUCCAAAAAUGAUAAAAGAGGCAACUUUACAAUAGGUGUUGAGAAUUUAUGAAAGGAAAAGCAAUCAACUUGAUACUGCGUGCACUUCUUGCCUAUUGGUAACCCAAUUAGAAAAUACAAUGACCAAAUUCAUUUUGGGAAAAAUGAGCAUUAAAUUUCACAAAAAAGGAAAAAAUUGCAAUUUUUAUAUAAAAGUAGCAUGUUUAUUAGGAUUCCUGCCGAUUCCCGCAAUGAUGUUAAUCUCAAAAUGUCCGCCCAAACCUAAGCUUUCCAUGUAUGGUAUUUCUUUUUGCUUGAAUUUGCUACACUGCAUGUGCAGGCGCUUUUCCUCCCCACGUCCAUUGAUUAUUAUUAGGCAUAAUCGGUACACAUUUGUACUGUUUUCGUUUACGCACAGCCAAUUCAACGCUCGUCCGCGUAACCAUGGCAACGCACGGUGGGCCAGGGAGGAACCAAAGUGCGCCAAAACUCAUUUUUUGGUGAUUUUUUUUUUUUUUCAAUUCUCUUCUUGACCAGUUGAACUGUAAUACAUUGAGGAAUACCUCAGUGAAAUAUUUAAUUCCGGUAAGCACAACUAGGGUACAAAUUUACUCCUUCAAACAGCAAAAUCCUACACAUUCACAGUUUUAGUGCAAAAGUGACU